UACUGCUGGUUAUGUAAGAAGGAUGCUGACGUUACCACCAGCACAGCCCCCUUUGUCCCCAGGCCUCCCUGAAGCCCUCUCCAUGACUUUUCAGAAACAUGGUCUAAGAGCCACAGGGAAUGUGGCUCUGAAAACCACCUUUCUGUUACAGAUUGGGUUUGGGACGCUGGCCAAUAUCACCCUCUUUUUAUAUAAUGUCUCCCCAGUCUUACAUGGCCACAAGCAGAGACCCACACACGUGGUUCUCACCCACAUGGCCUUGGCCAAUCUCCUGGCUCUUCUCUCCUCUGGGAUUCCCCACACAAUGGCGGCUUUCCUUUUGACCAACCCCCUGUCCAGUCUUGGGUGUAAAGUUGUAUAUUAUACACACAGAGUGGCUCGCAGAUCCACCCUGUGCUGCACCUGUGUCCUGAGCACCUGCCAGUUCUUCACACUCAUCCCUGGGAGAGUGGAGUGGAUGAUGCUCAGGAGGGCCCCCAAGGUCACUGGUCCUUCCUGUUGUUUCUGCUGGGUGUUUGGUGCCUUAACAAGUAUCUAUAUUCCCGUGAAUGUCACUGGUGCACAGAACAUGGGAAAUUAUACUGAAAUGCAAAGUGGGUGGUUCUGUUCAUCUUCGAUUCCCAGGACUGGCAUUGGCAUCUUGUCAUCAUGUCCGGAUGCCGUGUUUAUUGGCCUCAUGGUCUGGGCCAGCGGCUCCAUGCUGGGUCUCCUCCGCAGACAUCACCAGAGAGUGAAGCAUAUUCACACCCCCAGGGGCCCCCACAGUUGCCCCCCAGAGACCAGAGCCACCCACAGCAUCCUGAUGCUGGUGGUCACCUUCGUGGUCUUCUACAUGAUGAAUUUGGUUUUUACAUUUCACAUCACUGCCUUUUUAGAUGUUCAGCUCUGGUUGAUACAGACAUGUAAUAUUUUGGCUUUAUGUUUCCCCACUGUCAGCCCCUUCCUGCUAAUCCUUAGGGAUCCUAGAACUCCCAGGUUUUGCACUUAA